AUGGAAGAUGCUAGUGAUCAUUUACGGCUUAACGCUAACAUUAUCGACGAGGAGGAGGAGGAGGGUUUUCCGUUGGAGUUUAUGAUCGGAAAACAAACAUCCACGGCGGAGCUACAGCCGCCACCGCCGCCAUUCUUGUUGAAGACAUACCAAGUGGUGGAGGAUCCGACAACGGACGAGGUUAUCUCUUGGAACGGAGAAGGAACCGGAUUCGUCGUGUGGCAGCCUGCAGAGUUCGCUAGAGAUCUGUUACCAACACUUUUCAAGCAUUGCAACUUCUCUAGCUUCGUUCGUCAGCUCAAUACUUACGGGUUUCGGAAAGUAACGACAAUAAGAUGGGAGUUUAGUAAUGACAUGUUUCGAAAGGGGCAAAGAGAGCUUAUGUGCAACAUCCGAAGAAGGAAGAGUUGGUCACACUUACAUGCACACAACAAGUCUCAUCAGGUUGUACCAACGACAACAACGACGACGAUGAAGCAAGAAGAUCAUCAUCAACGGCUUGGGAUUGAUCAUAACCAUGAGGAUCAACGGUCUUCCUCCGCUUCAUCCUCCUUUGUAUACUCUGCUUUGCUAGACGAAAACAAGUGCUUGAAGAAUGAAAACGAGUUCUUGAGCUUAGAACUCGGGAAGACAAAGAAGAAAUGCAAACAGCUUAUGGAGUUGGUGGAGAGAUACAAAGGAGAAGGCGAAGAAGAAGACGAAAUCGAUGAUGAUGAUAAUGAAGAUGAAGGGCUUAAGUUGUUUGGUGUGAAACUGGAGUGA